CACGUUCCCGUCCCUCUUUCCCCGUAGUUGUCCAGUUGCCUCUCAAGUCCACGCCGACUUCGCAAUUCCCGAUCGCGGAGAUUCGACCCACAGAAGAGUUUUUAUUUUAACAAAGGAGACGUUGAGAGGUGUCCAGGAGGAGCUCGGGGUCUGAGCCAUGAGUCGCAGCAUCGUGCGGCAGAGUAAGUUUCGCCACGUCUUUGGCCAGGCGGUCAAGGCUGACCAAACUUAUGAUGACAUCAGAGUUUCCAAAGUGACAUGGGACAGCUCAUUCUGUGCCGUCAACCCAAAGUUCUUGGCGGUCAUUGUUGAAUCCAGUGGAGGUGGAGCCUUCCUGGUUUUGCCUCUCUCUAAGACUGGUCGUGUGGAUAAGAACUACCCACUGGUGAUCGGCCACAGUGGACCCGUGCUCGACAUCGACUGGUGCCCUCACAAUGACAACAUCCUGGCCAGCUGUUCAGAGGACUGCACUGCAAUGGUGUGGCAAAUACCAGAUUACACAUUGAACCGCCCCCUGUCCGAUCCCAUUGUAGUUCUGGAGGGUCAUUCCAAACGUGUUGGAAUUGUCAGCUGGCAUCCAUCAGCACGCAACAUACUACUCACAGCGGGCAGUGAUAACCUGAUAAUCAUCUGGAACGUGGGGACGGGCGAGCCCGUGCUCUCCAUGGAUGACCACCCAGACCUCAUUUACAGCAUCAGCUGGAACCGAAAUGGCAGUUUGUUUUGCACCACCUGUAAGGACCGACGUCUGCGUGUAUGUGACCCCCGUAGGAGGGAGGUGGUUGCGGAACGUCUAGCUCCACAUGAAGGGAUCCGGCCAAUGAGAGCCAUGUUCACCAGAGAUGGAAACAUCUUCACCACAGGAUUUACCAGGAUGAGCCAACGGGAGCUCGGCCUCUGGGACCCGACAAACUUUGAGGAGCCAAUUGCACUGUUGGAGUUGGACACAAGUAAUGGAGUGUUGUUACCAUAUUAUGAUGCAGAUGCAAACAUGGUCUACCUCUGUGGGAAGGGGGACAGCAGUAUCCGUUACUUUGAGAUCACAGACGAGCCGCCAUACGUCCACUACCUGAACACCUACAGCAGUAAGGAGCCUCAGAGGGGUAUGGGCUUUAUGCCCAAGAGAGGUGUGGACGUUACAAAGUGUGAGAUUGCCAGGUUAUACAAGCUCCAUGACAAGAAGUGUGAGCCCAUCACAAUGACUGUGCCAAGAAAAUCGGACCUCUUCCAGGAUGACCUGUACCCAGAUACAGCAGGACCUGAACCAGCCAUGGAGCCUGAGGAGUGGCUGGAGGGCCGCGAUGAAGACCCAAUUUUGAUGUCUAUGAAAGAGGGCUAUAUGCCACCCAAGAGCCGAGAACUCAAAGUGGCUAAAAAGAACGUCUUGGGUUCCAGACCCACCACUCAACGUAGCAUCUCCACUUGUGACACAAACAGCCUGCCACCGCAGUUGCUCGAGAGGCUGCUGGAAGAGAUUCAGAACCUGAAGGCCACUGUUUUAUCUCAAGAGAACAGGAUCUGUGCCUUGGAGAAUAAGUUGUCCCAGUUCACUAAUGGUACUACUUGAUAUGAAUCUAAACACACCCACCGAUUUACUGGUCUGGAUUUCAGAUUAUUAUAGAAAUUCAUUUCCCUUGUGUAGAAAAGGAAGUACCCUUUCAUCCUGUAACUGUUUUGGCCUUAUAAAGGUACGUUUUCUAAGAAUGUAAAUCUGACACACUUUUCUCUUAAGAUAUCAACAAAAAGAUGCUUAACAAUACAUAUGUUGCUGUUAAAUGCAGAUUACAGCCACCUGACUGGAUAAAGUUUGUCGUCUAUGGAGAAAUGUUUGGAAUUUUGCUUUUUCUGAAGUAAUGCUUUCCUUUUUGUGAUUACUGUCUGACAAGAUGGUUUCUUUCUUUUGUUACUGUUUUGGUUGGCGGGAUUAGUUUUAAAGAUUUUCAAUACGCCUUCAAACAUUUCCAUUAUGUGGAAAGCAAUGCUUUCUACUUCUACACCACCACAGGAUCCCUUUGGCGACGGCGAGGAAAUUUCAAUUGUUGGAUUGUGGACGUCUUGUGUUGGGACUUGGCUCAGUUUGGGCAAUGUAGACUUUGUGAUUCAAAUAGGUUGAAUAUAAUUGCAAAACUCAGAAUUCAACAAAUUUGUGCAGUUAAGUUGACAUACUAUGCAAUUGCUGGUUCUACAUCAUCCAUAUUCUUGGAUAAAAUGAAUGUAUCUUUAAUGUUUUUUUCAUAAAAACUGACUUGGAAAGAACAGGAUUGUGAAGCACAUGUGCAAGUUUUGAGAGUUGGUUUAUAGCGAUGGUUCCAGAGGACUCCAGGCACUGCCCCAAUCAGUCUCUUCUAACUCCCCACCACAGACUCUUAAAUCAGGUGUGUCAGCCAAUCAAAAGGUUGCAGACACCAAUUUUUGAAAAGCUUGUCACAUUUAUUUAAUUAAUAAGGACUGGUUAGAUUAAUGAGAUUGAAAAUGUCGUGCUGGCGGUCACUGGAACAAGAGCUGGUGAUGACUCAAGAAAGUUAAAGGAUUAAAAUCAAACAACAAGGUAAAAGUAAUCUUAGAGACUACUGAGAAACAAAACACACUGCCACCAAAACACAGGUCUGUACGUAUUUGCACAGUGACCAUUUGUACAAUGUUGACUCUGGACACAGACCAUUAUGGAGUUAAAAUGGAAGAAA